GCUUCCACCCCCAUCCCGCGCGUGCGCCGUCGCCCUGUGCGGGAGGAAGCGGAAGUCAGGUGACCGGCAUGGCGGGGUGAAAGGUCGGCGAAGCGGUCGCUCCUUCCUUUUCCGGUUUGGGCGCCAUCGCAGCCGGAGCCUCGCGAUGGGGAAGUUCAUGAAGCCCGGGAAGGUGGUGCUCGUCCUGGCGGGGCGCUACUCGGGGCGCAAGGCGGUCAUCGUGAAGAACAUUGAUGAUGGCACCUCGGACCGACCGUAUAGCCACGCCCUGGUGGCUGGUAUCGAUCGGUACCCACGGAAGGUAACUGCUGCAAUGGGCAAAAAGAAGAUAGCGAAGAGGUCCAAGAUCAAAUCUUUUGUGAAGGUUUAUAACUACAACCAUCUAAUGCCCACCAGGUAUUCCGUUGAUAUUCCUCUGGACAAAACCGUUGUCAAUAAAGAUGUGUUCAGGGACCCUGCACUGAAACGCAAGGCAAGGCGCGAAGCCAAGGUGAAAUUUGAGGAAAGAUACAAGACUGGCAAGAAUAAGUGGUUUUUCCAGAAGCUGCGAUUCUAAACUUGUAACAUGGCUGCAUCAAUAAAUGUGUAUUCAAAACC